AUUUUCAAUAGUUGGCAUCACUGGUCGACGCUCGUGCUUGCACUGCUUGCAGUGCUCGCACUUGCUGUCGAUGUUCCAUUUACAUCGGAGGUUUCAUGUGCGCAGUGCGUAUUGCGUUCGUGUGUUUUGUUUGUGCUGUGUUCUGUGUUCGUGCGUACGUCACGUACGUGUUGUGUUGUGCACGUACUCCUUGGAGGCGCAACUAUCAUCUCUCGAUUCCGUCGCCGCUGCUGUUGCUUUGUCGCGCGAGAUCUGCAAAACAGUGCAAAACAAAUGUAUACGAUUAGGGACGAUCGAACAAGGGUAGUGAAAUAGCACUGUUAAAAGUUAGAAACAAACGCGAAAAAGUGUCGCGAGGCGGAAUUCGGUGUUCAUAAUCGAUAUGACACUCGCGUAACUUUCGCAUGAUCAUGGGUCUCUGUCCUGCCCAAGGAUCGUCGUCGUCGUCGUCGUCAUCGUCAUCGCUUAUAAUAAACACGACAGAUUGCGACGAUCCAACGAGGCUAGAACAAUAAACGGGGUGGAGGGAGACAGUGCGAUUUCAUUAACGUAAAUAUCAUCAGUACCUAUUCGUAAUCGGAGAACUUCUCGUCGGGAAAGAAAGAAGUAACAAGGUGGAAGAGUGCCGCUGCGUUUGUUAACAGAGAAUAAUUCGGACAUUGUUAUAUCGAAUGAAAUUUAAAUGGUGCUUCCUAUUUCCUCAAGUAGACAAACUACUUGGUACAAAUUAAAACUGUGGCAUUGCAACUUUCCUUAGUGGAUUGGAAAACCAAGAAGACUGGGAGGAAAAUAAGAAGAUUCAGAUAUUCAGUGAAAAAGGCGAAAACACAUUAAUCACAAUUCAUCGUCGUUCUCGUUGCCGAAAAUUGGAGCAGAUUCGUUUUCGAAUGCGGAGAUUAGCACAAUGGUGAUACGAUCAUAAUUACCAAUUCGCAGCUUGCCACGUGCAAAUGCAAUUGCUCAGAUUUGUCUGCAACCGCGUGAAGACCCUUAAGACUGCCCGUCUCCUUACCCUUUCAAGUACCAUGUGGAAGUAGUAAUCUAUAAAUCCCACUGAAAGGAGGAUGCCAGUAACUAAACGCAUUCCAUACCCUUCGCGAUCCGACGGCGGUAGUAGUGAGAGCCCAUUGCUCGUGGAAGAAGGUGAGACAGUCGGUGCACCACACAGUCCACGCAAUAUACACAGUCACAGCCAUUCACAUGGCAAUCCACACCGAUCUCACAGUUAUCAUCAUGAAAAGCCCAAACAAUUAGUGAAAUACGGUGAACUAGUUAUACUUGGGUACAAUGGUUACCUUCCACCUGGUGAUAGAGGAAGGAGGAGAAGUAAAUUCGUAUUAUACAAAAGACCCGUGCCAAAUGGUGUUAAGCGUAGCAAGCAUUACAUUGUUAAAACGCCCCAUAGUUCGCAAGCCAUUCUCAAUACGAAGCAGCACUCGAUUUCGUACACACUUUCCAGAACACAGGCUGUUAUUGUCGAAUACACGGAAGAUGAAAAAAUGGAUAUGUUUCAGAUCGGUCGUUCAUCCGAAUCACCUAUCGAUUUCGUAGUGAUGGAUACAUGUGCGGGCAGUGGUGAUGGCGGUCCCACUAACGAAGGACGUGUCGCUCAAAGCACUAUCAGCAGAUUUGCUUGUCGGAUUCUGGCAGACCGAUCGGAUCCUAGAAUUGCUAGAAUCUAUGCUGCAGGCUUUGAUAGUUCAAGAAACAUCUUUUUAGGGGAAAAGGCAACUAAAUGGCAAGAGAAUCGUGAGAUUGAUGGACUUACGACGAAUGGGGUCCUGAUUAUGCAUCCACGAGGUCAGUUCUGUGGUGGCGAGGCGCAAUGUGGUUUCUGGCGAGAAGUUAGUGUAGGCGGCGGAGUUUUCUCGCUUAGAGAAAGUAGGAGCGCUCAACAGAAAGGCAAUGUUGUAGAAGAUGAGAGUAAUAUUCUGCAAGAUGGUACUCUGAUCGACCUCUGUGGCGCUACUUUGCUUUGGCGGUCAGCCGAAGGUCUCGCAAAGUCUCCGACGAAACAAGAUCUAGAGGAAUUAGUUGAUGCUAUAAAUGCCGGCAGGCCGCAAUGCCCUGUGGGCUUAAACACAUUAGUUAUACCACGUAAAGCAGCUUCGGAUUCGACGCAGCAGCAGCCAUAUGUUUACCUUAAAUGCGGUCAUGUACAAGGGCAUCAUGAUUGGGGUCAGGAAAAGGAUAAAGUUACGAGAAGAUGUCCCAUGUGCCUUGUCGCAGGGGCGGUAGUAAAACUGUCUAUGGGAAUAGAGCCUGCCUUUUAUGUAGAUUGUGGACCGCCCACUUAUGCAUUUAGUCCCUGUGGACACAUGGCUACAGAGAAAACUGUCAAAUAUUGGGAAAAAGUAGCCAUUCCACAUGGCACAAACGGCUAUAUCGCGAUCUGUCCCUUCUGUGCGGUACCGCUCGAAGGAACGCCAGGAUAUGUAAAACUAAUUUUUCAGGAUAAUGUAGAUUAAAAAUAUAAAAUAAUG